UACACCACCACCGUCCAAAAAUGAUUUAUUACUUGCAGAAAAUCAUUGUCGUGACCAUCGCCGUGUCGUACGCCCAGGCGGAAAAAACAAAAGUCAUACCGCCAUACAUAAAACAAUGUGUACGAAACGAUCCGAAGCUGAACGAAUGUCUCGCCGCGGAAAUCAAUCAUUUGAGGCCGUAUUUGAAAGAAGGAAUUGAUGAAAUUGAACUACCACCCGUGGAACCUUUCAGAAUGGAUUCAUUGAGUUUAGGUAUUACCGGUGGAUCUAAUGGAUACAAGAUUACAUUGAGAGAUAUUGAUUUGUAUGGAGCUAGUAAUUUCUCCAUUCAAAAAGUAUUGUUGCGUCCAAAUGCACCGUUUGAAGGUAAAGUCAGAAUUCCAAAAAUGACUAUGGAUGCCAAAUAUGCCAGUACAGGAGUGUUGUUAGUCCUGCCUGCAAACGGAAACGGAACUUUCCAUGCAGACUUAGGUGAUGUUACCGCUACAGCCAAAGGCUUUGUGUCUAGUUAUCUGAAAGAUUCUGAAAAAUACUACAACUUGGACUUUUUGGAAGUAGAUUUAGUCAUCAAAAAAGCUUACAUGGUUGUCAGCAAAGUCAAUAACAAUAGAAUAAUUGUCGAAGCCACAAACUUAUUCUUGCGUGAAAAUGGUCAAGAAGUAUUACAAGUUAUGAUGCCCCAACUCCGAACCAAAUUAGCUGCUAUUUUUAAGAGGAUAGUCAACCAGCUAUUGACUCACGUACCUGCAGACACCUUCUUCAGUAACUAAAUUUACUGCCAUUGUAAACGAGAUUCAAAUACGAAAAAAUUGUUUUUUUUUUCACUUUCUUAUGUAGUUAAGGUUUUAGAUUAUACUUUUAUUGUUCAUUAUUAUAUGUAUUAUUACUUUUUUUUUA